GAGAGAGGUCGGGCCCGGCUCUGUUUCCUUCUCCCUAGCCGGCCGUGCCAUGAACGCGGGUGGACAGAGCGACGCUUUCACCCCGGUGCCGUUUUCUCCAGGGGCCACCGUGUUGGUAGAAGUAAGUGCAGAUAUCCACAUCUGCGGUAUCUGCAAACAACAGUACAACACUCUAGAUACUUUUGUAGCUCACAAGCAAAAUGGCUGCCACCUUGGGACAACUGCAGGCACCAGUUCCGUUCAGUUUGUGGCAGAGGCAACAACACCGGCGACCCAGACGCAGACUGCUACAAGUAUGAUCACUGCACAGACACAGACUAUCUCAGUUCCCAGCCGAUUGUCAGAAUUUGGUUUUGAACAAGGAUAUCAGACUUAUCUACCCAGUACCAGCAGUGCAGGUCAAGUUUCUGAUCUAUCCCUGGGACCCACCAGAUCAACUCCAAAAAAAUCAAAAUCAAAUUCAACAUCACAAAAGAAACUAACAUGCUGCUAUCCAGGUUGUGUAUUUAAAACAUCCCAUGGAAAUAAAGAUUUAGAUCGACAUUUAAGAACUCACACGGGUGAAAAACCCUUCAAAUGUGACAUUUGCAACAAGAGGUUCAGUCGUUUGGAUAAGCUGAAGAUGCACAAUCGUUCGCACACCGGAGAGAAACCACAUAAAUGCCAGCACUGUAACUAUGCAGCAGCAGACAGCAGCAGCUUGAAGAAGCACCUCAGGAUCCAUUCUGAUGAGCGUCCAUUUAAAUGUCAGAUAUGCCCUUAUGCUAGCCACAGCUCUAGCCAGCUCAUUAUUCACCUCCGUUCUCAUACUGGUGAUGCUCCUUUCCAAUGUCAGUUGUGUGAUGCCAAAUUUAAAAUCAACUCAGACCUAAAGAGACACAUGCGUAUCCAUUCUGGUGAAAAACCCUACCAGUGUGGCUUCUGUGAUUACCGCUGUGCUAUGAAGGGCAAUCUUCGAUCUCACAUCCGUGUAAAGCACAGCAUGGAGAACACUUUCAAGUGUCCACAGUGCGACUUCCAAUGUGGGAACAAAUCAACGCUGCGACAGCACACGAGGACCCAUCAACCAGAUAAGCCGAUAAAAUGCUUGCAGUGCAGCUACUCCUGUGCUAGUAAAGGAUCUUUGAAGGUACAUGAAAGAAUUCAUUCUGAGGAUCGACCUUUCAGGUGCAAAUUUUGCUCCUUUGAUUCAAAACAACGUAGCAACCUUCUUAUGCACCUAAAGAAACAUCAUAUAAGUAAGGAAAAGUUGAAUGCAGGGAAGAAAGAUGUUGAUGGGCAAAAGCAAGGCAGUUCACGUUUAGUGGUCAAACUGGAUGCCAAAAAGCCUUUCAGAUGUGAUAUGUGUGAAGCAAGUUUUGUUAGAGAAGAUUCACUCCGCAGCCAUAAGAAUCAACACCGUGAUUUGUCCCACAGCAGUGAUAACAGUGCACUAGCAGUUUUACAGCUGCAGAUGCAUCAUGAGAACCAAACCAGUGUUCCUUCUGUGUCUAAUCAUCUUCAACCAAGAUCAGUCACAUCAUUUAGCAAAGGAGAGGUGAAGAUUAUAGUUAGUCACCAAUUGAAUCCAGCCAACAGCAUUGUUCAAGCAGCAACAAAUGAAGAUCAUACAAUAAGAGAUACUGUGGUAUCUGAUUCAAGCCAUCAGAACAGGGAUGAUGUAACCUCUAGUAACCAGUUGCAACUGUUACAGCAGGUCAGUUUGAUUGCUCCAACCCAACAAACAAUAUCACAGAAUGAAGCUGAAACUAACUCAUCUUUAGAGCAGGAAGCCACUUUACUUAGCUCUAUCGAUUCGAGUGCUACUGACAGUCUCCAUCAGGCGCUAAUGCAAACCACAGCUGUUGCUAACCAAGCAUCUUCAAACAGCCAGUCAUUCAUCACUGCUUCUACAAUCAACUGCUCGGACCUGGAUGGCUUAAAUGCCCUUAUUCAAGAGGAAAGCAGGGAAGUCACUGUAGUUAGUGAUGCUAGCCAGACUGUUGCAACCUCCUCCUCCUCCUCAUCCUCAGCAUCGCCCAUCUUCUCUUCCCCAUCUCCUCAGUUGCAGGCACCUAAACAAACUUAUCCUAUUGUUCCAGCAGGGGCUCCAUCUGUUACCUGCUCAGUAUUACAAAUUCCAUCUCAUAAUUCUUCAGCUACAGGAUUUCCCUCACAGUCCGAGGAAACAAACAGUCUUUUGGUAUCCAGCAUUGGCAUUAGCACUUCAGGAGUGAUUAUACAGAGUCUUCCAAUGGUUGUUUCAACAGCACAGCAACAGCAAACUGAUGAUCCGCUCUCUGAGCGGGCUUUCUACUCUGAUUCCAGUGCUCCCACAACCUUAGUGCUACAGGAUACUUCACAGCUUUCUGACAGACAAACAAUGCACCUUACCUCUGGUGGAGACAGCACACAAUCUUCCUGUUCUGUAACUGAAACCCAAGAGUGGACAAUGUGAACUUAUUAUCUUGUCGAUCUGGAUUCUGAAUGUGAUUCUGAUUGACUGAAAUGCAGUGAUGAAGCAGAAUCUAAUGUUUGUGAGUUCUGUAGACAGCUAUUGUACUCUUAUUUGGGCAUGAUUUUCUUACAUAGUAGAUCAUUAAGAUGAAAUUAUUGCAAGAAAACUUAUUUCAUUCAUAGCCAUCUGUGGUUUUGAACUAGCUUCAUAGCUUUGGUGAUAGUUAACAAAGAUCAGAUUUCAGCCUGAAUCUUAAUUAAUGUUUGAAAAUGUUAACCACUGUGUGCUUGGGUGCUUCAACAUCCUAAGUACCUUAUGGUAAAGGUACAUUACAAACAAUUAUUAGUGAACCACAUCCUGAGCUAUGAAGAAUCUCUCUUGGUUUUCCGAUAAUUGAAUAAGACAUUGUUGAAACAAACCAUUCUGAUUGGGGGAAGGAGGAAGAUGGAGUGAGGGACAACAGAUUUGUGAUUUUAGUUUGCAUGGAGUCAUCUGGGCUUGAUUGAAUCAGCAACUUUGGACUCUAGAAGAGUUCUGAUCCAGAUUGCUAUCUUCAGGUAAGGUUAUGUGUGUGGCUAUCACUGAUGUAAUUACUUUAUGCAUACGAGGAACACAAAAAGUUAGCCUGCAGGUUCAGCAGACAAAUAAGAAGGAAAGUGGCAUGUUGGCCUUUAUUGCAAGGGGAUUGGAGUACAAGAAUAAGGGAAUCUUGCUACAAUUGUGCCGGGCUUUGAUGAGACCACAUCUGGAGUACAGUGCGCAGUUUUGGUCUCCAUAUCUAAGGAAGGAUAUACUUGGCUUGGAGGUGGCACAGUGAAGGUUUACUAGCUUGGCCCCUGGGAUGAGAGGGUUGCCCUAUGAUGAGAGGCUGAGUAAAUUGGGCCUGUACCCUCUGGAGUUUAGAAGAAUGAGAGAUUAUCUCAUUGAAACAUACAAGAUUCUAGAGGGCUGAAGAAUCUAGAAGAUGAGGUCACAGCCUCAGGAUGAAGGGUUGAUCAUUUAGGACUGAGAAGAAGAGAAAUUUCUUCACUCAGAGGGUUGUGAACUUUUGGAAUUAUUCACCCUAGAGGUUUCUGGAUGCUCUGCUGUCGAGUAUGUAAGACUGGGAUGGACAGAUUUUUGAUCUCUCAGAGAAUCAGGGGAUAUGGGGAGCUGUCAGGGAAGUGAAGUUGAAGUGGAAGAUCAUAUUGAGUGGUGAAGCAGGCUUGAGGGACCAAAUGGUCUACUGCUCCUAUUUCUUAUGUUCUAAUGAACUUACAGCCAUAUGCUGAUGAUGUUUACUGUCUAGGCUCACAGAUGCAGAAUGGUCAUGUAGGCAAAGAACUGUAGAUUGGUCUUCAUCUGGCAUGAGUUAGUUGCAUUAGAAGGGGAAAGAGAUUAACAAAGGAACAACAGUAGUCUUUGUUGGACCUUAUUAGAUUGGCUUAUCUGACAUUCGACGGGCUGCACCAAAGUAAGCAGGACAAACUAUGUCACCUGGAGGGAAGCCCGCAUUGAAGUAUGAAGGGGAAAAGGAUGUAAAGUUUCCCCUAAAUGAUGUAUUUCAAUCUUUAACUGAUUUGAAGAAUUCAGUUGCCCACAAUCAUUCUCUAGUUAUCUAAUCCAGUACAUUAAAGCAACCAAAUAUUUGACUGUUCUCGAGACAAGAGAUCAAGUAUUGAAUUGAUUAAUAAGCUGGUCUCAAAAUCAGUAAGCCUAACCAAUUAACAAUGUAAUUUAAUUGAGGAGCAUCUUGUAUAUUUUUAAGCUGGCAUUUUGUAUAAUUUCUAUGAGCAAAUCAGCAGAACAGCACAGACAAUAAAAGUUAACUAAUAAAAGAAA